UGGGAGCGGCGCUCCGGGGAGGAGACUGGGUCUCACGGUUACUGGUACCGCUGGACCGAAGUGCGGGGCUGCGACGAGACGGGGGCGGUACAGUGGUAUGAGAAGUGGUGGGAGGUCAGCGACUGGCGGGGCAUGAAGGAGCUCGGCGCCGAGAAGUGGGGCUGCAAUGCGCGGGGCGAUGCCUGGCGCGAGACGUGGCGCGAGGCGAUAGUGGUGGAGGCGGGCAGCACGCAGCCGUCGGUGGAACGGUCGGCGCACAAGUGGGCCAAGAACGGCAUGGGCCACGAGUGGGAGGAGAAGUGGGGGGAGCGGUACUGGUCUGCGGGACGGGCGGACAAGUGGGCGGACAAGUGGGCGCGGGAAGGGGCUGACGUGUGGCACGAGAAGUGGGGCGAAAACUACGACGGCAGCGGCGGCUGCGUCAAGUACACCGACAAGUGGGCGGAGCGAGAGGUGGAGGGCGGGGCGCGGGAGCAGUGGGGGGACAAGUGGGAGGAAAAUUUCAAAGACGGGCGCGGCACCAAGCAGCAGGGCGAGACGUGGAGCGUGUCUGCCGGUGGCGAGCGGUACAACCGGUGGUGGGGCGAGAACCACCUUGGCGACCGCCUGGUGCAGAAGCACGGCAGCAGCAACACGGGCGAGCACUGGGAUGUGACUGAGCAGAUGGACACUUAUUACAACCCCAUCCCCCACUUUGGAUAU